AUGAGUGAACCUCGGGAGAAGAAGGCGCCAGCGGCUUCGCCCCCAGGCGGCUGCCAGUGCGUCGGAGGCGCAAGCAGGGCCCCCGUCAUCCUCUCGCUGCUCUUCUCGCUGCUCUCGGUGGGAGCCUGCUUUCUGCUAAGCGCCAAGACCUCCAAGCUGCAGGGCCGUCUGGUGGCCCUUGAGGAGGAGUUGGCCAGCCGCGCUUGGAGCCCGGGAGAUCAGCUCGGCGCCGAGCCUUUGCUCGCCGUGCUGCAGCCUCAGGUGGACGACCUUCUGCAGGAGAAACUAAGUGAAGGAUUAGCCAAACUACGUACAGCAAGAGAGCUACCAUCUGAAUGCAGAUGCCCACCAGGUCCACCAGGAAGGCGAGGAAAGCCUGGACGGCGAGGAGAGACAGGUCCUCCAGGGCAGUCAGGACGAGAUGGUUACCCGGGCCCUCUUGGAUUGGAUGGAAAACCUGGGCCUCAAGGACCAAAGGGGGAUAAGGGUGACCAAGGAGACAUCGGCCCAAGGGGAGAGCAAGGAAAAGAUGGAGCUGCUGGCCCACCAGGUCCUCCUGGACAACCAGGUGCAAGAGGGCCUCCUGGAGACACAGGAAAAGAUGGCCCAAGGGGACCCCAAGGCCUUACUGGUGAGAAAGGAGAAGUUGGAGAAGCUGGUAUCAUGGGUGAUCCUGGUAUCCCAGGGAAAAAGGGUGAUGCUGGAAUCCCAGGGGAGCCAGGGGUUCAAGGGCCAAAGGGCAAACAAGGAAGCAUUGGCCCAGUGGGAGAAAAAGGCUUAGAUGGCCUGCCAGGGCCAAAGGGUGAACCUGGUGAGAGAGGAGCAGAUGGACACAUUGGGCCAAGGGGUCCUCCAGGCCUCAAAGGAGAACAGGGUGAUACUGUAGUAAUUGACUAUGAUGGUAGAAUCUUGGAAGCUCUCAAGGCUGCAGGGAAGCUCAAAUUGACGGGCCCACCAGGUCCUCAAGGGCCACCAGGCCCUCAAGGUGCUCCAGGACCAAAGGGGGAGCUUGGAUUGCCUGGUCCACCUGGAGUUGAUGGUGAGAAGGGUCCUAAAGGAUCAAAAGGAGACCAAGGAAGCACUGGUCUAGUAGGACAAAAGGGAGAAAUUGGAGAAGUUGGCAUGACUGGUCUACCAGGUCCUAAAGGAUCGAAAGGAGAUCAAGGAAGCCCUGGAAUCAUGGGGCAGAAAGGCGAAAUAGGAGAAAUGGGCUUGUCUGGUCCACCGGGGAUUGAUGGACCAAAAGGAGAACCUGGUACACCCUGCAAGCAGGAUCUUGUGCAGAUCAUACCUGAACCAGGACCGCCUGGAUUGCCAGGUCCCCCAGGCCCCAUGGGUCCUCAAGGGAUACAGGGACAUAAGGGUCCUCAAGGAAAUCAAGGGCAUAAGGGCUCAGAUGGUGCAAAGGGUGCAAAAGGUGAAAGUGGUCAUAAAGGUGAAAAAGGUGCCCCUGGACCUCAGGGUCCUGCUGGUACCCCUGGACUUAUUGGCUUACCAGGCACUAAAGGAGAAAAGGGAAAGCCAGGUGAACCAGGAUUAGAUGGUUUCCCAGGCCUAAGAGGAGAAAAAGGAGAAAAAAGUGAAAGAGGAGAAAAAGGAGAAAGAGGACUGCCGGGCAGAAAAGGAGCAAAGGGGCAAAAAGGAGAACCAGGCCCCCCUGGAUUGGACCAGCCUUGUCCAGUGUUCAUUUUUAAAGGGGAGCCGGGUUUACCAGAGAUGGACGGUGUGAAUAUGCUCUGCCCUUUGGGACCAGAUGGAUUACCAGUACCAGGAUGUUGGCACAAGUCACAGAUGCAAACGGGAGAGAAAACGAAAAAGAAAAAAAAGAUGCAGCCCUAG